AAUUCUCAUCUCAAGCACUCCAUCUACCUUCAACUUGCAACAGUUGCACCAAAUGGCAGGCCAUCAAAUCGCACCGUCGUCUUCAGAGGCUUUGCAGAUAAUAGUGAUAAGAUACAAAUCAACACUGACUCCAGAUCUAGGAAGAUCGAAGAUAUAAAGUACUGCCCAUUUGCUGAGAUAUGCUGGUAUUUUACUGAUUCAUGGGAGCAGUAUCGAAUAAAUGGGAGAAUUCACAUCAUUGAUGCAACAAACCCCAAUCCAGAUAAGCUUCAGCAAAGAGAGAGAGCAUGGCUUGAUAGCUCAGUUAGAUCAAGACUUCAGUAUUUGGGGCCCUCCCCUGCUGCAAUUCCUUCUUUGAAAGAUACAUCAUUUCAGGAGCCUUCAUUGGAUCCUUCUACUGGUCCGGUAGAUGCAUUUUGCCUUCUAGUUUUGGAUCCUGAGCAGGUUGAUUUCUUGAAUUUGAGGAGUAAUAAAAGGAUCACAUUUGCUUCCAGAUGCAGCAGCAUCAAUGGAGAGAAAAUUUGGACAUCUACUGAGAUCAACCCGUGAUUGAAGUCUUACCAAUUUGAAAAUCUGGACAUGGACUGUUCAAUGUUGAACACUUAGCCGUCAGUAAUGUGGAUUACAAACUGAAUUCGCCUGAUAUUCCAUUUUUCUCAGUCAUCUCCUCAAUGAAACGGCUUAUGCGUUACCACAUUGGGUCUGUUGCCCUUGGUUCUCUAGUUGUUUCUUUCACAGAGUCCAUCCGUUUCAUACUCGAAGUGCUUCGUCGCAAAUUUAAAGCAACUAGUUCCACACAAGAAAGUUGGGGGGACAAGAUGGUUUUUAAUACCUCAAGGGGUUGCUCGAAAUGUAUUAGCUGGAUUAUUAAAUCUGUGAACCAUAAUGCUUAUAUUAUGAUUGCUAUUACAGGAGAAAGCUUCUUCAAAGCUUCAGAGGCUGCAACAGAACUGAUUAUCAGUAAUAUCCUCAGAAUAGGAAAAGUCAAUGUUAUUGGUGAUGUCAUCCUUAUUCUCGGGAAGCUAUGCAUCAGUCUUGCAUGCACACUAUUUGCUUUCCUGAUGUUGAAUAGUCACAAGUACAACUCGGGAUACAACAAGAUCUCAUCCCCACUGUUUCCAGUGCUGGUGUGCUGGGGGCUUGGAUAUAUUGUUGCAACCCUUUUCUUUGUAGUGGUGCAGAUGUCAAUUGAUACCAUGAUCCUUUCAUUUUGCCAAGACACUAGAGUCAAUGGAACUGGCCACUACACACCACCAGCCCUUCUGGCUGAGGCUUUGAUGAGUGACCAUAAUGACAUAUAAAGGCACUUUGCACAAUCAUCGCCCUAACUUCACAUAUGCAAGCUUCCUCUAGUAGUGUAGCUUCAUACUUUUUGGUUGUGAUGUCUAUCUCUAGAGUUUUUUUGCCCUUCCUCCUUAGUGUCAUUCACACACUUUUGAUAAUCGACCACAAUGUAUAUAGUUUCAGGUAUGUCUAUAUCUAUAAUGUAAUAAGUUCCAAUUCAUAUCGUUGCGGAUGUAUACUACGCCUUAAUGAAUAUUUCACAUACUUGUGAAUUGUGGUGAGCAUCACCAUUCUAUAGGGUCGGGGUGUGGCCUCAGAGCGAGGGAUUUUGUCUUUUGGUCCAUAUAAUAUGUGAUGAGGAUUUAUUUACUUAGUAAAGACCCUAUAGUGUACUUGUGAUGUGAAUUCUUACUUAGGUUGGUUGUGUUUUCUGAAGUUGGUUUCCACCUCGAGCAGUAUGAAAUGCUCUAC